ACUCGCGCAAAAACUCAAAACUGUUCCGGCAGUCAACAAUACAGUGAGUGCUUCUUGCAAAACCUACUAAAUGACGGAGCCGGAAUUGGUAAUCGCCUCAUCGCCGACCGACGCCGGUAUUGGCUGUUGGGACCUCCAUACCGGCGCCGAGCAUCUCCGAUAUCGAACUUGCUCCUCACCUUCUCACGGCCUCACCUGUGUCGGCGGCCGCUUUCUGGCCUCCUCUCAACUCCGUGAAACUAAAUCUUCCUCAGGAUCUAUCCUGUACUGGUCAUGGAACAAGCCUCAAGUGGAAGUUAAAAGCUUCCCAGCCGAACCUAUAAAUCCACUUGUUUCCAAUAGUGAGGGAACUUAUAUAGCCGGAGGAGGUGCAUCCGGCGAAAUUUACUUGUGGCAGGUUGCGACUGGGAAACUGCUUAAGAAGUGGCAUGCUCACUAUAGGGCGGUUACUUGCUUGUUAUUCAAUGAUGAUCAAUCACUUCUGAUUUCUGGUUCAGAGGAUGGAUCUGUUCGAGUUUGGUCUCUUAUAAUGGUAUUUGAUGACUUAUUGAGAGGUAAAGCAAGACAACCUUAUGAGUUUAGUUUCUCUGAGCAUUCUUUGAAGGUGACUGAUGUUGUGAUUGGGUACGGUGGAGCUAAUGCAAUUAUUGUUUCUGCUUCAGAAGAUAGAACUUGCAAGGUUUGGAGUCUUUCUAGAGGAAAAUUGUUGAGAAGCAUCGUGUUUCCAUCAAUAAUUGACGCAAUUGCAUUAGACCCCGGAGAAGAUGUCUUCUAUGCUGGUGGUAGAGAUGGGAAAAUAUACAUAGCUGCACUAAAUGCUGUUGCAGACCCCAACAAUAAUUAUGGAUUGCACAUUCUUGGGUUUCUCUCUGAGCAAAGCAAGGCUAUUACAUGCUUAGCAUUAAGUACGGACAGCAGCUUGCUAAUUUCUGGAUCAGAGGAUGGCAUGGUUCGAGUGUGGAACACCAAAAACCAUAACAUCACCCGAAUUUUUAGGCAUGCAAAAGGUCCAAUUAACAAUGUUGUAGUUGUUAGACAAUCAUCUCUUAUGAGUAACAGAGGAACCAUGAAUUCCCAAAUGCCUUCUUUUAAGAGAAACGGGGUAUCAUUACCUCCACCAUUGGAAAAAUGUGCUAACUCAGCUGAUGAAAAUGACUAUAAGGCAGUAAUUGGCCCCCGGAUCGAUCCUGAUAGAUGUGUUGAAGCUUCAUAUAUCAGUAUUCAGUCCCUAAGUAAUCAAAUCUUAGAACUUCAGAGACAAGGUUCUUCUGCUGCUGCUGAAAUGGAGAUCGAAAGGCUAAAGCUCGACCGCAGCAGGUCCAUGCAAAUGAUUCAGCAGUGGGAAACAAAGUUUCAAAGUCUACAUCAGUUUUGUGUAACCGAGCUAUUAGAUGGGGAAAAAGCUGGAAAUGCUUAGGGACACAGUCUUAUAACAUAUAUUUCUAAAACAUGUUGAGCGGAACGACGAAAGGGUAAAGCUAGAUUUGAAGCUUCCGCCUACAUGAUGGUGUAUGUGAGGGUGCUCACCAAGUUAGCUAGCUCUCAACCCCGGCCUAUGACAUACCAAUUCCUAGCUGCAGCAGUUCAAAUUAUUUUCACAUAAUGAUUACAUGUACUAGAAGUUCGCCAUGAAGAAACAGAUUUAAACUAUUGCUGAACAUUUGGAUUCAGUUGAUUCCGCGAACAAAUAGAUUACGUUUUACGUUUGAUUAUGUAUCUUAAUGUAAGAUCUUGAACUAUUUUACUAGCUGCUAUGGGAUAUAAUCUUAUUGUUUGUCAAA